AUGGCUGGCGAAAUACCACAUACCAUCAACGAUGGUAAGGCCGCCGAUAAGAAUGUCGAGGCUCAGAGCACAUUGGCGUCUACUUUGGUCGUGGAUGUGGAAGAGUCACUGCAUGGCAAAGGAACGGACCCCAGCAAGUCCUGCAUAAGUCCGAAUGGCAUGUCUGUUAGCACUCCCACAAACCAGGCCGGCAGUAAUCCAGUCUACGCUGCCAAAGCACGGCUGCUGAAUCAGGCACUGGUUGACAUGCAAAUGGGCUUAUACCAAUGGGUGCUCUUCAUCAUUACCAGUGCAGGGUGGUUUCUUGACAGUUUCUGGAUGAUGUCCUUCGUCGUGAUCGCCCCGUCCGCCUCGAACGAAGCCCAGUUCUUCUUUGCCGGAGAUAAAUCGUCCUACCUAUUCGUCAGUCUGGCCGUAGGCCUGACUGUUGGGGCAACCGCCUGGCCAUGGAUGUCAGACUUCCUAGGUCGUCAGUGGAUAUUCACCAGCACGAUCAUCCUGAUGGGCAUGGGAGGACUAGUCGGUGCCGGCAUGCCUUCAUUUACCGGUCUCUGUGUCGUCGGCUUCGUGGUCGGAUUUGCCGUUGCCGGUAACCAGCUAGUCACCGCCAUUAUCCUGAUCGAGUCUCUUCCAGCUUCCCAUCAAUUCCUGCUCACCGUGCAAGGGGCGUUCUGGGGAUUGGGCCAGGUAGUCUCCGCUGCGGUUGGAUGGGCGUUUAUCGCAGGGUAUACGUGUGGCACCGGCCCAGACGCAGUCAGUACAUCGCAAGCUCUGUCGACACACUCCUCCAGGGACGAAGGCUCCGCCAAGAGCAGCACAUCCUGCCACUACGUUUCCAACAAAGGAUGGCGCUACGUAUGGUGGACAUUUGGCUGCAUCACACUAUUCCUCUACCUCUGUCGGUUCGCCUUUCCCUUGUGCGAGACCCCCAAAUACCUCCUCUCCAAGCGCCGCGACGCCGAAGCAGCCCAACUAGUCAACGACAUGGCCACCUACAGUAAACGCCGCACCUGGCUCAACCAGACCUCCUUCGCCCGGGUGGAUUCCACCAUCGACGCCGCCGCAUCCCGACGAACCCCACGCCUCCGCUCCCUCAUCUUCGCCCUCCGACCCACCGGCCUGCUCAUCCUCUGCUACCUCUCGACCACCCACAACAUCGCCCCCAUAACUCCAACAACAGUAACAACGAACUACCUGUACAGCCACUACCUCUACACCUCCCUCUGCGCAAUCCCCGGCCCCCUAGCCGCAGGAAUCCUAAUCCAAACCAAGCGCCUCGGCCGCACACGCACCGGCUCCGCAAUCGCCCUUCUCACCGGCCUCUUCAUGCUCCUCGCCACGCUGGCACGAUCACGAAACGCCCGGUUGGCAUUCGAAUGCAUCCUCUCUUUCCUGCAGUUUGCGGGGCUGGCUGUUCUGACAACAUACACGGUGGAGAUCUUCGCAGCCCCGGUUCGUGGCUUUGGGGUCGCUGUUAUGGGGUUCUGCUGGGGGCUGUUUGCGCUUGUGGCUGUGAUUGUGAACACCUUUACUGGGGGUGUUGUUGCCGGUGGUGCGGCGGUUUGGUUUUGUGGUGCUGUUUGGGUGCUUUUGGCGGGGGCUUGGUGGGGGGUUCCUGAGACUAGGGCGGGUGCUGCUGCUUAG